AUGGAGCAAAAAUGUGUGAUUCCUGUAAUGUUUAAAGAAGUUUACUCUAAGAUUCGGUUCGGAAAUGAGAGAUGGAAUCAAUUGAAUGCAUCCAAUGAUUUAUUGUACAAAUUUGAUGCCAACUCAACAUAUAUCAAAUCUCCCCCUUAUUUCGAUCAAAUGACGCCAACAUUGCCUAAAAUAAAGUCUAUAGUUAACGCCAGAGUGCUAUUGAAUUUAGGAGAUUCGGUCACUACUGAUCACAUCUCUCCGGCCGGCUCUAUAGCCCGUAACAGUCCCGCCGCUAAAUACCUUAUUGAAAAAGGAAUCGCUCCCUCGGCAUUCAACUCAUACGGUUCCCGCAGUAUCUUCGAUGCAUCCGAAGUGUACAGACGAGAGGGAACUCCACUUAUUAUUCUUAGCGGCAAAGACUACGGCUGCGGAUCAUCGAGAGAUUGGGCGGCAAAAGGACCGUAUCUUCUCGGAGUUCGAGCCGUUAUUGCAGAAAGU